AUGAGGCUUCAUGAGGGCAGAGCAAAGGGGAACAGUUGCUCCUUUCGCCCUGCUGGCCACUCUUCUGUUGAUGCAGCCCAGGAUGCAGUUGAUCUUCUGGGCUAUAAGGAUGCAGUGCUGGCUCAUAUGGAGUCUCUCACCAAUUAUCACGCCAAAAGCAGAGUGGUCACGCUGAUUUUCACACCUCCUCACGCUCUCUUCAAGUUGCCCACUUGGAUCAGUCCCACGACAUCCCCAGCCCCAGAGGAAGCCUACCAAAAGCUGGCCAGCGAGACCCUGGAGGAGCUGGACUGGUGCCUGGACCAACUGGAGACCCUGCAGACAAGGCACUCCGUCAGCGAAAUGGCCUCCAACAAGUUGACUGCACCUUCAGGAAUCUUUAUGUACAACCAAGGGAGGGGAAGGAAUGUGGUUACUUUAUUUUGGAAGAUCAGACCUUCUGCCAUGCUUCUGAAGAUAUAA